AUGGCUUCAGCUUAUGCAAUGCCCCCGUACCAGAACAACACCCACCUGCCUCCGAUAAACUAUUCUCAGCUUCCGCCUGCGAACCAGAGCUACAUGCCCCAGCAGCAGUACCGAAAUGACCUACCACGAUACAGCGCCGCUCCUGCCCCCCCACCCGUCCCAUCUCCUGCUCCUGAUAAUAGAUACAAUCAACACAUGGCUCCUCAAUCUUCCAUGAGUGGGCUUCCACCAGCUACUUCGCUACCCCAACCUCACAGUCAGCAGCCGCAACAACCACCUCAACAGCAGCCUUCGCAGGGGUACCAGCCUCAGCAACCACCGCGCCAAUCCUACCCGCAGCCCCUUGCCCCGGCGCCCCCACGCCCCGACCCACUACAGCCUGGGUAUGGGCAGCCAGAUAACCGUCAGCAACAAUGGUCUGGCGCUGAAGGCAUGCCCGGCAUGCCAGUUGAGGUUGGUGGUCGUGACCCCACGAAGACACAUGUUGUGGGUUCCCAAGGACGAAGAGGCAUCUUGCCCAGUGCUCCAGGUCGUCCUCCGGUAAUGCCAAACGGCGUGAAUGGCUCUCCGAAGAGCAGCGCCGUCCCUCAAAAAGAUGCUGAUGGAAAAUUCCCGUGCCCGAACUGCACGAAGACGUACCUACACGCGAAGCAUCUGAAGCGCCACAUGUUGAGACACACGGGUGAUCGACCAUACAUGUGUGUUCUGUGCAACGAUACGUUCAGUAGAUCUGAUAUCCUCAAACGCCACUUCCAGAAGUGCUCGGUCCGUCGAGGUAAUCCAACAGGUGCAAGUCACUUGUCCAACCCUGCUGCCCAUAUCAAGAAGCAUCAACAGAAACAGGCGACGGCCUCGCCGGCAAGUGCUACAACCCCAUCAAGUGCAGUGAUGCCAAAUCCUCCCUACACUACUGCCGCAAUGCCUAACACAUCCGCACCCACAACCAGUGCGCCUGCACCCGGAAUGGCUUACGCAAUGCAGUCCAAUGGCCAGAGCGAUAUGCAGCGUCAGGGGCAGCCAAUGCAACCUGGCACGGGACCUGGUCCGAUGGAUCCUAAUGCUAACAGCUGGGGUCCCAUGCAACACCAGAGAAGUAAUCAGAUGAUGUAUCACUCGAACUCGACGCCGGAUCACUUUGGCAUGCAGCCUGGUGGAGGGGAUGACAAGCGCAAUGUCAUGCCUGGACCUCACCAUAUGGGGGAUGAUUGGAACCACAUGUUCCCGGCCGGUGGCAAUGAGGGAUAUAUGAACCCCAUGUUUGGUGGCUACGAGCAACAACAAAAUGAUGUCAAGAAGGAAUUUGAAAGCCAUGAAGGUGGAUCGAAUGGUUACUACAUUCCCUCUACGAGCCUUGGAGCUGACGGUACGCUUGGACCCCCUCUCUGGAAUCUGCAUACAUCUCAGCAAGAUCUUGUCAAAUCCAAGGUGAAUUCCCUAUUAACGUUUCUCUUCCCUGGUGGAAUACAGGAAUCGCUCCGAGACCCGCAAAAUGAUUACCUCGUCAGGUCCUGCCUGACAGUUGAAGCCAUGCAACAUUUUCUCGAUUUAUUCCCGAACUUCCAAGGUCAUUUCCCGUGGCUUCAUUUACCGACCUUCAACCUUGUGACUGCCUACGACGGUCUCACCCUCGUCAUUAUUUGCAGCGGAGCUGUUUAUUCCGACCGCGUGUCACAACAUCAAGUACGGGCUUUGAUGCAACUAGUCAGAGCUGGUAUUGGACGAACGUCACGACUCCUCCGAAAUCUGGAGCCGGACGCACUCAGAACUCAGUUCUCGUCAUCAGGGCUGGAAUUUGAAGAACUGUUAGCUUUACAGAUACUACAGAGCUUGUUCGUGUGGCAUGGAGGCCCCGAGGAGAGAGCCGUAGCCCGCGCUGAAAGUAAACGGGUCUUGUACCUUGUUCGACAACUCAAUAUGUUAACUUUGGCUGGUCCAGAGGAUCCCCUGAGUUACAGUUAUCUACAUUGUCUCCAGCCGGGUGAAGAAGCUGACCCGUCUCGCUGGGACUGGCGCGCCUGGCUGGAACAAGAAAAACGGUCACGAUUGAUGUACAUGGUCUACCUGUGGGACGCAGCUAUGUGCAUCUACUUCAAUUUGGCACCCCAGUUCUCCUCGGCAGAAAUCAAGCUACCUCUACCCUGCGACGACGCUGCGUGGGAGGCUCCGGACGCCGAAUCCUGCGCUCAAGCGUUGGGCUUGCGAGGCUUCGAGGUUCAGGCGAGAGUCAAUCUUAGCGGCUCACUCAGAUUAAAACAGCUUGAGAUGCAUCACGCGAUGGGUGCUCUACAUAGCACGUCGGUCAGCAUGCAGCCUCGGACCACCAACAUCUAUUCCAAAUUCAUCCUCAUCCAUGCCCUUCAUGUGGAGGUGUGGCAACUGAACCGCCAAAGGACGUUCACCGGUUCAAUCGAACCUUGUUCGUCUGCGGAGGAGGCGAACAACAUGGAAAAAUCCCUCAACGUGGCUCUUACCCGCUGGAAACAAGUCUGGGACAGAGACUAUGCUUUACAAUACCCACCCGGGGAUGGCUAUCAACCUUCUGUGGGACGUGUCGGUUUCUGUCGGGACGGUGUGCAUUUCUACUGGCUUGCUCGUGCCCUUAUGCAGCCUAACAGGGCGCACGAUUGGCAACUUUCUGCCGAUGAUCGGUUUCGCCAAGUCAUGCACGAGCUCAAAAAAGCACGGGAAUGGAGUCGUACCGACGGCGCCAGACGGAGCGAAGAGCCCGGCAGCGUUGCCUACAUCGAUGACGAAUACGCUUCUGAAACUCUGGAGCUGGAUAUGAGAAAGUUAUUUCGACCUCUCCAGGAUUUAGUCGAAAGUCCCGGAACAACGCUCCAGACCUCUGCCGGCGGCUAUCGCUGA